ACAGUGAAAAUGGUCGCGCCGCGAGCCUCAAACAAAACAGUGCGCUUGCGCAGCGCGCCCGUGUCUUCCGCCGCAUAAUGUUAUACGUCGUUAUACCCGGUUAAUGUGAACACAUGGACCUAGUUUAGUGGAACCUGGAAGAUUAUCGGACGGGCUAUGGCGGUGUGCGACAAAUGGGUCGCGCUAAAGAUAGUGGAGUUUCUUAUGUGCGUAGCAUGCCUGGUAACGAAGCGGAUAUCACAAGAUGACGAAGCGAGGCUGGCGCUUCUGCUGCAGAAGCUGUCGAGAGAGUGGUCGCUGCUGACUUCGGUCACGUGGGACAACGUCGGCGGGGCCUUCGCUGACGCUGUGUAUGGAGGUUACGUGGUGAUAACAUUCGGGCUGAUCUUGGCGCGUAUUUUCCAAGAGAUCCCGAGGGGCCGCCGUAUCCUGGAGGGCUUCUUCCUGGGAAUAGGAAUGCUGUUUUUCCUCGUGUUGGGUGGCUUGGAGCUGGCAUCACUAGACUCCGUGCCUUACAAGCUAGUGACGAACGCGUCAGUGCUGGGGAGUUUCUCCCUGAUCGUCGCAGCCUUGUUCCUGAUCGACCUCAUGGGACCCAGGAUCUACACGAGCGUCCAACAAUCACAGACCGACCCGUUUUCCUCGCCGAAGGUCGAGAAAAAAGUUUCUAUAAUCACUCAGCCAUCGCAAGAGACUCAAACACAACAAUUACAGUCCCAGCAAAUACAGUCCCUCGGUAAUGGAAAAUUGACCAAUGAUAAACAAGGCAACAAGCCCGAACGACCAAAGGAUUUAGAUUUAGAGAGAAGUGAGAAAAUGACGAAAAAAGACGAUUCUUCACUGUUCGAUUCGCCCCAACAUGGCUACACGAAGUUCGACGAUGUCUUAGAAAAAGAUGAGUUGGAAACGUCCCGGUUUGGAUCGUUGCGAAACGGAAUCGAGGGCGGCAACUACGUACAUCUCUCAGACCCAUUCGAAUACGACAGGUACCAUUAUGAACAGGAACUAGCGAAAUUCAACGAGAAAUAUUUGAAGAACUACUUGGAUUUGGUCGAGAAAGGUCUGCCGGUGAAAGAGACUUAUUUACCGGAGUUGCAGACACCCGUGUUCGCUAAAGUGAAGCCGGGUAGAUUGAAAAGUUUGUACGAAGAUGUGUCGCCGACGUACGAACAAAAGCGGCAGUCGAGGUCGCCGUCCCGAGCUAAGACGGUGGCCACUCCGACUAUGCAGCAGUUGGAAGAUUACCUGCGAGCGUCUAACAGGUCUAAGAGAGGGGAUACUCCCGCCUUGUUCCCGAUGGAGCCUAUUGUUGAGAAAGAGGCGACAGAAAUAGAAGGCAGGGCCUCAGGGACGCCCACAGACCCUGGAUAUGUUCAAUACACUGCCGGCAAGUGGCCCGACAAACGGGAAAUACGGACGCCGAGACAUAGCCCUAAGUAACAAGGUGCGUGCGCGUGAGUGACUGUGUAAAUGCGUGUGAAUAUUUUUUAAAUUGAGUAAAGACUAAUAUAUUUUUCAAGUUACC